ACGGUCAGUUGACGAUCGGCCGCGGGAAUGAGUUCGCGAGCCAUUUAAUCAAUCUUAGAAAAUUGAAAAAAAAUAUUAAAAAAUCAACUAAUCGUCAGUGAUCUCUGGGGUCUGAUUCGGUGCACGUAUACGUGUUCAUUUUACGGUGUUAAAAAAAAAAAAAACCACAAAAAAUAGAAUCGAAUAGAAGAGUGUUGAAAUUUCAGUGAAUCGUGUUGGUCGAUUUUUCGAGAAAUGGAGAAAUCAGUUUUGUAUUUCCUUACGGUAUGAUCAAAAUUUCAAAAAACUUGUGAAAUUUUAUCGUGUAAUUAAUAAUUAUGAUAUUGUCAAAUAUCCUGUUCGCGUGACGUGGAUGAGUGCAUUUGUGUUGUAUUGUAUAGGUAUCAGAAGAAUGAGGAAGAAGACCGCUUUCGCGUAAUAAUAUAAAAAAGCAACAGGUGCAUAUCGCGAUGAUGCGAAAAUAGACGUUCAAAACAUACGAGUGUGUGUAAAAAUAACUGAGGAGAAUCGAGUGUUUAAAAUUAUCACGAAAUAGAAGAAGAGGUUUCUUAUCCGUCUGAUUUCAAAGAGACUCUUUUCCAACGUCACUGAAAAAAACCCGCGCGUUUAUUUCGUUGGAAAAAAUUGAACGAAAUAUAAAGUCCGCUGUGGUUUUUAUCAUCAUUGAAUUAAACGAUUCGUCGUUGCCAAGGUGGCGUCGUCGGUGGUUUUGAAAUACGUAUAACACACGUCACGAACGACUAUGUGGAGUAUACCUUUUAUUACAGUUUCGGUUUAAGCGAAAUUACCUAUACACAUCGCAUGUAUCAACAGUUUUGUGUUUGUAAUAAUAAAUCUUGGUAGGCAUCUCGGUCACGUGUCGGUAUAGAGUAUGUCAUAGUGAUGAGGAACUGAACUUGGAGCUCGUCUAGAAACUACACAACAUCGAUUUCAUACGGUGCAACUGCCUCCAAAGUUUAACAGGAGUUGCCGCACACCAGUACGAUGAGCAUAAGCAUCUGAGCACGAUGAAAAUUAUUUCAACAUUUUUGCACCACCAGGUGCAGUUUCUUUCUUCGUUUAUAUACUUAACUUGAAACCCGAAUCCAUAGUCUUACAUUUCUAUGGAUUCUAGAACAAGGAGGUAUUACACGAAUAAAUUCAUAACUAAGAAAAUAUCGAACGUAGUAGUGCCAGAAAAAACUGCAGCUGCUUCUCAAGAAAGAAGUGUUUAUUAAUUUACGAACCGACCGCGACGACAGCGGGCUGAAUUGCGAAAAUAAAAAAAAUAAGAAUACCUCAGAGAAAACCAGAGAAGAAUGAUUAUCUCUCUGAUCGUUGACCUUCAGGAGCAAAGAUGAAAACAGAACGAUGACUAUUGAACUACAACAAUUGUUUCUGUACUAUAACUUCGGUUGCAUUCAGUUAUGGUUUUUUGUGUCGAGUGUUAUUCCAGACGGUGUUCGGCGAAAGUUAUUAUAACGAAUAAUGGUUAUCGAGCACGUCAUGAAGAAAUAAGAAAACUGAUGACGACGAAAUGCAUUAAAAAAUAGAAGAAAAGUAAAGAAAACAAAAAAAACAACAAAAAAAUUGAGGGAAAACUCUGCAACCGCUGCAGAUCACCAGGACCGCGUGGCAUUGGCGAGAGAUUAUUAUCAACGUGUGUAGUUUAAAUAUCACGUGAUAUUUUUCCUAUGUUUCUAUUGGACAUGCGAGUCACUUAUUCACAAUCAGAUAUUCGUAUGUAUAGUACACGUACCUAUACUUAAUAUCCACUGAAACGUAACGCGGGAUAGUCGAUAGUCGUUAGUAACAAUUCGAAGUGAUCGCUGGUCAUCGAAGAAGGACCGACGUGUGGCAGUGGCGGGUCAGCUGGAAGGAUAGUGGUUUUAUUUGUUUAUUUUUUCUUUAUUUCAAUUAUUAAUUAUUAACUAUAGUGCGGGGUCUGAAGGUCAUAAGUUUUUUUUAAUAUUCAUAUUAUUUCGAUUUGUUUAACUUCGGCCAAAAAAUGAUUUCUCCAAAAGAGGAUCUACACGAUCUCGAUCACAAUCUGAAAAUUGAUCCCGUAAGUCUACGGAGGGUCAACAGUCUGCGGUUACCAUCGUCAUCUUCGGAUAACAAAGAGGGUGAGAUUGGCACGCAGUUGAAACGUGGAGGAUCAUUGCGGCUGAAGAAGACAACGGAUUAUCCAGCUUCGACAUUGAAAGUACCGAACACCAGCUCCGGUACGGAUGUUGAGGAAAAUACCAGCCGACCCGCCAGGCCCACCAGAAAAUCCGCACCUUCGAUAUCCGAACACGCUCCCGAAUUCUUAGCUCGAAGUCUCCUGCAGCUCGGAUGUCCCGUGGUCUCCAUACCCCAGCCUCGUGGAGGAGUGGGGUCGGAGCAUUUGCCUAGUAGUGAUAGCGAUGAUUCUUUGGCAACGCAACAUCAUCAUCAUCAUGCAUAUAGUCACGGACAAGUUGACGGAAUCGGAUUACCAAAAGUCCACAUAUCCGGGCCCUCAAACCCCAUGGAAUCAUCGUCACCUCUCAAUGGGUCAGCUGGAUCUUUAGGCGCGCGAUCGGCACCCAGUACACCACUCCAAAGCGUCGUCCUGCAGGCGGGACAACCGACCACAGGACAACUCGCCGUUUCAGGAUCCAGUCAACAAAUUCCACCUCCGAGGAGUCCCAGUCACGCUGCACUGAAAUGUAGCGAAAGCCAAUUGUCGAAACCCUUAAGUAGAAGUACGCCAUCGAUGGCAGCUGGCAUUCAAACCGUAGCAGUUCCAACAAGACCGUCAACGAGAUCGUCGUCGUCCACAAGCAGUGCUCGUCAGAAAAAAUUUCAUCGUCAUUUUACACAGGUACCGGCUGAUGAACGCGUGUUGAAUUACUACAGUUGUGCGUUGGUGGCGGAUAUACUUCUGCAAGGGCAUUUGUACAUCACUCCGAACUACUUCGGUUUCUACAGCAACGUGUUCGGUUACAUUACAAAAUUGCUCAUACCAACGGCAUCGGUAUUGAGGAUCAGCAAAGAAAAAACUGCUAGAAUCAUUCCAAAUGCGGUUGCCAUCGCUACGGAGGAGGACAGACACGUUUUUUGCUCCCUCCUGUCGAGGGACUCGACUUUCAAGCUCAUGAAGCAGGUGUGGGACGCUGCCAAAGAACCCGUUCCAGCUGCGGAUAUCCCCAGCUUGCCAGUUGCCGGAAAACUUCUUGCGCCUGAAACCCUUAUCGUUGACGAUUCGGAGGCUAAUUUAGAAGAGGACGACUCCAGCAUGUCGGAAAGUGGUACGGACAGAACGUCGAGACCGCCUACGGUUUGCACGGACACGGAUGGAUUCCCCCCUAGUAUCCCAAGAUCUGUUUCCACUACUACUAGAUUGGAAACUGUGGCGCCUGCGAAGUCGGUGAGUUUGCAGGCUGUUGCAGUUAAGCCCUCGCCGCAAUCCUCCAACCUUUGGGGUGGCUUUAGGCCUGGAACAAUUAUCGCUAUUUUAGUGGCACUGUUAGCUGCGCUCUACGUAUCCGCUGCGUUGAUGAUGAUGAGGAUAGAUCGUUUACACGCUGCGUAUCUGAAUCAUCCACUCGCGUCACCGGAGAGAUUUACCCAAGAUAGACUUUUACAGUAUCUAAAUUCCAAUCUGGAUCAGAUAGUCAAGGUGCGUCAAAGUCUCCAGACGUUAUCUCAGCAGUUUGUAUCGAUGACGGAAGAUGCGGAUGGUGGUUCCAUGUCUGGGGGAAUAAUCGACCCGGAGGACGCCCCGAGUUAGCCCCCGAGGUUAAAGAGUAAAGUAAUUUUAUUAAUUAAUGAGACGACUCGCUCCCACCGUAUCGUUCGCGCAUGAAACGUAAGGACGCGUCGGCGAGCGUUCGGCAAUACGAAAAGACCAAGCAAAGAAAUGAAUAUACCGAGAGGCAGAAGAAAUAAACUAUCAUUAAAAGAGGUAGCUACGGUCGUCAAGGCGGCAACGUUUCAUGCGGUCUAUAAACGAUUGAUCAGACCCACCUGUUUAUCGAGUAGCGAAGAUAAUGGAUUGAUAUUAUCUUUCGAAGAUGAAAGAUUAAAGCAGGUGAAUGUUGGUGAAAAUUAUCACUGCAUAUAUUCGGAUCAGGACAUUGUUUAUAGCUCCUAGACUUCAAAUUAUCUAUCGAUUCGAAGUAAGGCAAGUUAGAAAAAGACAGCGGUAUAAUUAUCCGUCGCAUGAAUUACACUCGUAGGUACGCAUAAAAAAUAAAGAAAAGAACAAAACUAAAUAUAUAUAUAUAUAUGUAUGUAUGUAUAUAUAUAUAUAAAACACAGAAUUCUUGCGAAGAUAGUAUUGCAGGUCAAUUUUUCAGUCAAUCAGUGACUUGAAAUUCGCUGGUAGAAUCGUUUCGUUUCCUAACUACCAUCAGAGUUGAAGGAAACAGAAACAAAUCAAUUAAAUAAUUGAAACAAAAAAGAAAAAAAAAUUAAAUUAAGUAGACACUCGUAUGUUCAGAGAGCGCUGGUGUAAUAAAUUAUCUCGGUUCAAAUUUAUUGUGUCGUUAUAUCAAAUAAUAUAAUAGGAUUAUUUGGAUUGAUUUCGCCAUUUCUUUUUUCUUAAUAAACAAUAAUGGAAACGAGAAUAACAAAAAACCAGAAAAGAAAAACGAAAAGAAUGAAAAAUAGGUACUUUCCUUGUCCGGUGCGAUGUAAAUUUUUUUUUCUCGUAAUAAUUUAACCGCUAUUAACAUUUGAGGCGCAUGCAUAUUAGUAUACCUAAUGAACUUUGUUCGUACAUAAUUAACUAGUCAGAAAAAGUCGUACCUACCCUGUCAGUAAUAAUGAUGAUGAUGACGAGAGAAAUGAAAAUGAAACAAAAGGAAUAUUACUAGCUGAUAAAAUCACACGACAAAUAAACGAACACAUACGCAUAUACACGUACACAGACACCUAACAUUGCAUAUUUAUAUGUAUAGCAAUUCGCUACUAGUCGGCCAUCGUUGAACAUAUUACACAAUUAUACUAUGUGUGAAACACAUAAAAUACAUAUUAUUAUAUUGCAUACCAGUUCAUGAUGAUAAAAUAUAAAUUAAACUUACCUCGGGAGAUCUGCAGAGCUCUAUAGGAUUUGUUUUAAUCAACAAACCAUCCGCUUAUUUUCAGUUGUCAACUUUGAAUAGAAAAACGUGAGAAAAAUUCAAAAAAAAAAAAAGAAGAAAAAAGAAAGAUACUUACGGAUAUAGCCAAUUUUUCUCCAUUCUUCUCCGUUUGACUAUAAUAAUGAUAAUAAUAAUAAUAAUGAUGAUUACGGAAUAAGUCGCGUUGAUUGAUACAUGAUUGGUGAAUUACGGUUGAAAUUUUUUCAACAUUUUCACCGUAAAAAGUCUGCGCUGCAGUGAAAUAUAUUAUGCUUAAUAAGUAUAUAAUCUGCAGUAAAAACAACGAGGCAAGAAAAAAGAAAGAAAAUGAGGAAAAAAAAGACAUGGAAAGAUAAUGUUAUAUUAUAUACAAAUACACCUAAUUGAAAACACAAACUGCAAUCUUUAAUGAGAUGUGCAGAGAAAAUGAAAAAUAAAAAAAAAAAAAAACGAUAAAACAAAACAAAGUUAUAGGAGGUUGACUGUGAUAAUUAAAAUUGGGAAGGAUAAUCUCGAUCAAAGUUAUCCGUUUAAUGCGUUCAUAAUAAAGAUGACAUAAUUUAUCAAUAAACUCAUAAUCAAUAAUCAUAUCUGAUACUGGUUUCCAAAUUUAGAAAAUUUCAAAUUUAUGAUCAAUAUACUAUUUACCUGUCAUAUGAACAUCGAUAUUGCCUAUUGAAGCUUGCUAAUUCGUCGAAAUAGUACCGCUCAUCUACUACAUAGUUAUUAUAUGUAAAAUUUCUUUUCGGAAUGUAUCUUCGGUAUGAACGUAGCUAAACUAUGGCUUUUUUCGAGUAGUAUAUAAUAACAGGGAAUCUAUGAGAAGUGCUGUUAUAAACAUUAAUUAUUAAUUAACUAAUUACGUAUAAUCAUAUAUGUAUAGAAAUUCGAAUAACAGCGUUUUAUGUUUUGUUGUAAUUAUAAUUAUGUUUGUUAUUUUAUUGGAUAGAUUAUAUUUUCAGUUUUUAUCAUCGCGAUUAUAUCGUUAUGUAUUAUUGAAUAUCGGAGAAUCAUUUGAUUUGUUACUAUACCGUUAUUAUUUGAAUUAUUAUGCUAAUAAUCGUAAUAACUGUAAUAAUAAUAACCACAAUUUUUAUUCAUUGCGACAAGGGAUCUUGUUGAUCAAUAUUUGAUAAUUAUUAUCGAAUUGAUGUCUGCAGAUUUUGAUACAGAAAUGGUCUGAUAAUAAUGAUAGUAAUAAGAAAAAACCAAUAACAAUUAUAAAUUUAUUGAUCGGUAGCCAUACUAUCAUCAUCGAUAUAUUAAUUAUUAAUGUAGAAACCAAAGAUACUACGAUAUUUAUAAUUAUACCAUCAUAUCUACUUUAUGAUUAUCUUUAUUAUUACUGUUAUUAGUGUUAUUAUUACUGUUGUUAUUAUUAUCGUGAAUAUUAAUUAGUUAUUCUCGUUUAGUUAUUCAGUUUAUAUUUACGAAAAAUGUGAACAGUAGGUGUAAAUUGAAAAAUAUAAUAAUCGCUGUAAAAAGUGAUCGACAUGGAGGUUCAAAUAAUACCUAAUUAUUAUAUAUUCUAUGUAAUAUUUCGGUACGGAGACAUAGGUAUGUGUGUAUAUACUACGGUAAUGUAAUAUAGUAUAAAUUAUGAUUGUGGUAUGAAAGAAAUUGGUCGCUAUUACUACAAUUAUGGAGAUAAUAAACUAUAUGCGAUCUCUAUUAUUACCUAUUAUCUAAAGAUGUAUAGCUUUACCUGACGACUGGUAUUACUGAAACAUUCGAAAUUUUUGAACCUACAAAACUCCGAGUUAUUUAUACAGGAGGAACGCGAUAAAGAAAAAACAAUUAUUAUACAAAAAUAGAAAAGAUUUUCUUAAA